AUGGCCAUCUCCUCCCGCCUGGCGCUCUGGGAGCAGAAGGGAAGUAUCCGGGAGGAGGACCGGAGCCCGCCGCCCUCCUCCCCGCCGCUGCUCUUCUCCGUCAUCCCCGGGGGCUUCAUCAAGCAGCUCGUCCGGGAGACCGAGAAGGAGUCCAAGGAAGCCAAGCUAAGAAAGCAAGCCAAGGAGCACACGAAAGAGGAUGUAACGGGCCACAGAGAGGGGCUGGAGAGCAAAGGGAGCGACGAGAAGGAGGCCGUGGCCACCAGGUGCCGCGAGGAGCCCCCAGGCAAGGGCAAGAGCGAGUGGGCGCCGGCCAGGAAGGAACCGGAGAAAAUGAAGAAAGAGGAGGCAGCCAAGAAGGAGCUGCUGGACAUCAAAGAUCCCGGGAAAGCCAAGAAAGAGCCGGGGGACAUCAAAGAUCCCGGGAAAAACAAGAAAGAGUCGGGAGACGUCAAAGAUCCUGGGAAAUCCAAGAAAGAGUCAGGAGACGUUAAAGAUCCCGGGAAAAACAAGAAAGAGCUGGGGGACAUCAAAGAUCCUGGGAAAACCAAGAAAGAACCAGGAGACAUCAAAGAUCCCGGGAAAGCUAAGAAGGAGCUGCUGGACAUUAAAGAUCCUGGAAAACCCAAGAAAGAGCCAGUGGAUAUGAAAGAUCCCGGGAAAGCCAAGAAGGAGCCGUUGGACGUCAGAGAUCCCGGGAAAGCCAAGAAGGAGCUGUUGGACGUUAGAGAUCCCGGGAAAGCCAAGAAGGAGCUGUUGGGCAUCAAAGAUCCUGGGAAAACCAAAAAGGAGACAGUGGAUGUCAAAGAUCUUGGGAAAGCCAAGAAGGAGCUGGGAGACAUCAAAGAUGCUGGGAAAGCCAAGAAGUUGCUGGGGGAAGCCAAAGACCCUGGGAAAGCCAAGAAGGAUCUGGCGGACAUCAAAGAUCCUGGGAAAGCCAAAAAGGAGGCGCAGGACUCCAAGAAGGAGCAAGAAGGGAGCCAAGGGAAGCUGGUAGCCCCGACAAAGGAGGUGGGGAAGGUCAAGGAAGAUCCUGCGGAACAGGGAGAGGAGCCCGUGGGGAGCACGGAGCCCGAGCAGGCGCCCAGGGACGCGUGGUACGAAGGCGAGAAGGUCUGGCUGGUCCAGCAGGACGGAUUCGUGCUCGCCACGCAGCUGAAGCCGGACGUGGGGACGCCGGAGCCGCCGCCGGGCCGCGUGCGGCUGCGCCUCGAAGCGGACGGCAGCGUCGCCGAGGUGGACGAGGACAACGUGCAGCGGGCCAACCCGCCCAGCCUGGACCUGGCCGAGGACCUGGCGAGCCUGGGCAGCCUCAACGAGUGCAGCGCCCUGCACACGCUGCAGCGCCGCUACAGCGCCCGCCUGCGCUGCACGCACGCGGGGCCCGGCCUGCUCGCCAUCCGCGCCGGCACCGCCUGCCGCGGCGCCCUCGAGCACCUCGUCGCCGCGGCCGGCAGCGCCCACGGCGCCGUCACAGUGGAGAAGAUCCAGGCCAUGUUUACGGUGCUCGAAGCCUUCGGCUCGGUGACCACGAGCCACAGCAGCAGCUCCACGCGCUUCUCCAUGCUGCUCUCGCUGGACUUCAGCGCCGCCGGACGAAUAACGGCCGCUCACCUGCAGACCAUGCUGCUGGAGAGAGCUCGCGUGGCGCAGCAGCCCGAGGGCGAGAGCAACUUCAACGUCUUCCCCAUGAUGCUGGCAGGCCUGGACGUGGCUCAGAGGACAACGCUGCAUUUGCACCAGAUGGCUGAGAGCAACUCCUUUGGAAUCAAGCCAUUUGCCAAGGGUCGCGAGGAACAGAAGGCGGCGUUGGCGUUCGCGCGGCUGCGGGCGGCGCUGGGCGCGCUGGGCGUCACCGCCGAGGAGCAGCAGGCCGUGUGGCGCGUGGCGGCCGCCAUCUACCACCUGGGUGCCGCGGGCGCCUGCAGAGUGGGCAGGAAGCAGUUCAUGAAGAUGGAGUGGGCGGCGCGCGCGGCCGAGGCGCUGGGCUGCGAGCUCGAGGAGCUCACCACCGCCGUCUUCAAGCACCACCUCAAGCAGAUCAUCGAGCAGGUCACGGCGCGCGGCGCCCGCCCGGCCCCGGCCGACGAGGCGCCUCCAGGGCCGAAGAUGACGGGCGCGGAGUGCGUGGCGGGCAUGGCCGCGGGCCUCUACGAGGAGCUCUUCGCUGCCGUCGUCUCCCUCAUCAACAGGUCCUUCUCGUCCCAGCACCUCUCCAUGGCCUCCAUCGCGGUGCUGGACACCCCCGGCUUCCACAACCCGCGGCACGAGGGCGCGGAGCGAGCGGCCACCUUCGAGGAGCUUUGCCACAACUACGUGCACGAGCGGCUGCAGGGCCUCUUCUACGAGAGGACGUUUGUCUCCGAAAUGGAGCGCUACAAGGAGGAAAAUGUUGAGGUGUCUUUUGAUCUUCCAGAGCUCUCUCCAAGGGCCACGCUGUCUGUCGUCGAUCUGAACCCAUCACAGCCACAGGCUCUGCCCGGGAGCCCAGCAGCCGGGCCCCGCGGGCUGCUCUGGAUCCUGGACGAGGAGGUGCUAGUUCAAGGCUCUGGGGACGGCGCUGCCUUCGACCGCUUCUGCUCCUACUUUGCCAAGACAGGAGCUGACUUGGAGGAUGAUCGCUACGUGCGCAAGUGCGAGCAGGAGCUGCACUUCGAGAUCCUCCACCAGCUAGGCACAGACCCUGUCCGCUACGACUUCACUGGCUGGCUCAACAAAGCCAAGCUCAACUUGGCUGCACAAAAUGCCAUCAAAGUCCUGCAGCAGUCCAAGGUGAAGGCGCUGAGGGACCUGUUCCUGCCCCGGUCCAGAGCGCCCCUGGCUUGCCGCUCCGUGGCGGGGCUGGAGGGGCACUCCCAGCCGGCCCUGCAGCGCAUCGGCUGCGUCAGGAAGACCUUCGCCAACAGCUUUGCUGCCGUGAGGAGGAAAUCCGUGUGUGCCCAGCUCAGGCUGCAGGCGGACGCGCUCGUAAACCUGCUCAGGAGAUGCCAGCUGCACUUCAUCCACUGCCUGGUUCCGCGGGACGGAGCCGGGGCGGCUGCGGCGCCUGAUGGGGAGCCGCGGCUGGACGUGCCGGUGCUGCGAGCGCAGCUGGCGGGCGCCCAGCUGCUGGACGCCGUGCGCCUCUACCGCGCGGGGUAUGCGGAUCGCCUGCCCCUCGCGCAGUUCCGGCGCCGCUUCCAGGUGCUGGCGCCGGAGGUGAUGAGGAAGCACACGUCCGCCUACGAGGUGCCCGACGAGAGCAAGGCCAUAGAAGAGCUCUUCCAGGCGCUGGAUCUAGAGAAGAAAAGCAUUGCGGUGGGACGCAGCCAGGUUUUCCUGAAGCCGGGCGUCAUCUCCAGGCUGGAGAAGCAGCGCAACAAGCUGAUAUCCCCGAAAGUGGUCCUCCUGCAGGCAGCUUGCAAGGGCUUCCUCAGCCGGCAGAAGUUCAAGAAGCUGAAGAUUCAGUGCCUCGCCGUUCGGUGCAUCCAGAAGAACCUGGCGGUCUACCAGGUGGUGCGGCACUGGCCCUGGUGGCAGCUGAUGAGCCGUGUGCGGCCCAUGCUCAGCAUCCAUGUGGCCGAAGAUCAGCUCCGUGCCAAAGAAGAGGAGCUGGCAGCGCUGAGAAGAAAGCUGGAGAAAUCAGAGCAGUCAUGCAGUGAGCUCAGGCAGAACACGGAAAAGCUGGAGAGCAAGAUCAUCGACCUGAGCGCGGAGCUGGCGGACGAGCGCUACAAGGGCGAUGCCGCGUGCCAGGCGCUGGACGGGGAGCGGGCCGAGCGGCUGCGGGCCGCGCGCCAGCUGCAGGAGCUGCAGAGCAAACACGAGCAAGUGCAGAAGAAACUGGAGUCAGUGGAGAAGCAGCUGGAAGAAGCGCAGCAGCUGGUCCAGCUGCGCGAGAUGAAGCUGAGCGGCUCCGGUGGAGGGGACGAGUGGCAAGUGCGCUUCGAGUGCGCACAGACCGAGAUCGGCUUCCUGCGCAAGCGGCUGGCGCAGCUGGACGAGCGGCUGGAGGCCGAGCGGGGCUCGAGGACGGAGCUGGAGCAGAAGCUCGGCGAGGUGCGUGCCGCCUACGAGGCCGCCAAGAAGGCGGCGCAGCACGCGCGCAGGAAGUGCAGGCGGCUGGGCUGCGAGCUGCAGGACACGCGGCUGCUCGCCGAGAGCCAGCAGAGCCGCAGCCACGAGCUGGAGAAGAAGCAGAAGAAGUUUGACUUGCAGCUGGCCCAGGCCCUGGGGGAGUCUGCCUUCGAGAAGAGCCUCCGAGAAAAGGUGACACAGGAGAACAGCAGCAUCCGAUGGGAGAUGACCAAACUCCAGCAGAGCUUGGAGCAGAAGGAGGCGGAGGCCCGCGGGCUGGCGCAGCGCGCGGCCCAGCUCGCCGGCCGCGUGGAGGAGCUGAGCGCGCCCAGCGCCCGCGACGCCCGCGCCGUGCCCGCCCUCCGCAAGCAGCUCUGGGACCUGGAGGCCAGCGCCGGCGAGCAGCAGAAGGAGCUGGCGCGGCAGACGGCCGCCGUGGAGCACCUGGAGCAGCUCCACCAGCGGCUCGAGCUGGAGAUCGAGCGGGCCAAGCAGAUUCACCAGAAGGAGCUGGAGGACAAGGAUGAGGAGCUGGAGGACGUGCGGCAGUCCUGCCAGCGGCGGCUCCGUCAGCUGGAGAUGCAGUUGGAGCAGGAGUACGAGGAGAAGCAGAUGGUGUUGCACGAGAAACAGGAUCUGGAAGGGCUCAUUGGCACCCUGUGUGAGCAGAUUGGCCACCGGGACUUCGACGUGGAGAAGCGGCUGCGGCGGGACCUGCGCAGGACGCGCGCGCUGCUGGCGGACGUGCAGCUGCUGCUGGCGGCCGGCGCCGGCGCCGCGGCCGGCGCCGAGGAGCUGCAGAGAGCCCGCAAGCAGCGGGAAGAGAGUGAAGCAAGGUGUGCGGAGGCCCAGGCAGCUCAGAAGACCAUGGCUCUGGAGCUGGAGAACCUGCACACGGAGCUGGAGACCCUCGGCCGAAACAAAAACCUGCUCGAGGAGCAGCUCUACCAGCUGCAGCACGAGCGGGCAGACCUGCUGCGACGCCUCGACGAGGACCAGGAGGAUCUCAACGAGCUCAUGGGAAAGCACAAGGCUCUCAUCGCCCAGUCUGCAGCAGAUAUCGCCCAGAUCCGGGAGCUGCAGACGCAGGUGGAGGACGCGAAGAAAGAAAAACAAAGUCUCCAGGAGAAACUGCAGGCGGCGGAGGCCAGGCUGGCACAGCUGGGACGCGCCACGGUGGAGCGGGCGCUCGUGGGGCGCCAGGAGGCCCGAGUGUGCGACCUGCAGAACCGCCUGGAGUUCCAGAGUGUGCAGAUCAAGCGCUUCGAGGUGCUGGUGCUGCGCCUGCGGGACAGCAUCAUCAAGAUGGGCGAGGAGCUGGAGAAGGCGGCCGAGUCGGAGGCGCGGCAGAAGGAGAACACCAGGUACUACCAGAUGAGGAUGGAGGAGAUGAAGGCCGACAUGAACGAGCUGGUCCAGAGGGAGCUGGAGUCCAGCCGCCGGCGCAUGGAGCUGGAGGCGCGCGUGGACGAGCUGGCGGCCGUGCGGCAGGCGCUGCAGGCCGACCUGGAGACCUCCAUCCGGCGCAUCGCGGACCUGCAGGCUGCCCUCGAGGAGGAGCACAGCGGCGACGAGAGCGACGCGGACAGCGUGCUAACGGCCCGGGAGUCGCUCUGCUCCAGGAGAGACAUGGAUGCGCGCUCCAGCACGGGCUCGGUGCUGAGCCUGGAGCCGGCGGAGAGCGUGGGCUCGUGGCUGGGCUCGGCGCUGGGCUGGGGCUCCCCGGCGGGCAGCACCGCCGCCGGCAGCGUCUCCGUGCGCUCCGGCGGUACCGGCAGCGUCCGCAGCCUCAGGAUGAACAGAGAUGUCAAGGAAGCAGAAACGGCCCGUGCAGCUUCAUCGCUAAGUGUCGGGAGCGUCGAUGCCGCGGGUGCGGUGAAGGCUGUGAGUCCUUUGCUUGGUGCUCGAAGACGGGAGUACGGCAAACCUGCGGCAGACAGGGAGGAGCUGGAGAGCCAGCAAAGAGCGGGGGAGAGCCGGGGAGCGAGUUCUCCGCUGCCCAGCUCUUCCUUCGCGCUCUCCGAGUACGUAGAGGAGCUGCGGAGGAAAAGGGCGGCGGACAACGAGCAGGGAGCGCUGGCCCUCGAUGACACGUCCCCCCUGCCCAUUUACCAAACGACUGGUGCUUCCACCCUGCGGCGCUGCAGGACCUUCCGCGAGGCCGAUGACCUCCCAGCCAAGCUGGAGAUGGGCGAGCCCAGAGGGAGCAGCAGGGCCGCCGGCAGCCCCGUGCCCAUCCCUUCCUCCAUCCUUAAGGGCACGGCCUCGGAGAAGACGGAGCCCGCGCGCUCCCCGGUGCUAAAGCGCGUCUCCAAGUUCGGCUCCUACGACUCGCUGCUGCAAAACAUGGAUAACUCCGCGGCGCAGCCGAGCUCCACGGAUGCGCUCGGCUCCUGGAGGCUCAAGUCAUGGAGAAGCUGCCUCGAGCCGUCGCUGGAGGAAGGAGGAGACCUCGACGUGGGGAAGGAUCCUCUGGUGUUCCAGAGCAAGCGGCUCAGCACCGACGCGGACGAGGGGAAGGAGAGCGACCCGUUCAGCUGGAAAAUACCGACGCUCAACUACGAGAGGAGAACCAAGGUGGAUUUUGACGACUUCAUGCCGGCCAUUCGGAAGUCGCGCUCCACCAGCAGCCUGGCCAGGCCCGGCAGGGACAGGCGGGACGGGCAGAGGCCGCUGACCGUUCGGUUUGAAGAUGAGGCCACCACGGACACCCCCGGGAACAAGAGCCCGUCGAGGCCGCGCCCGGGCGCCCAGGAGGACUCGGGGAACCUCUCGGAUGCCUCCUCGUCGUCCGGCUCGGCCCGUUCCUUCCGCAGCGCCGACAGCAUCAAGCGGCGGCCGCCCAGAGCCGACGGGGAAGGGUGCAGCAGCGUGGCCGCAGAGAGCGCCCGCGAGCCCCGCAGGGCCGAGGCCGAAGGCAAGGAGGAUGAUGUAAAUAGUAUCAUGAAGAAGUACCUGGGGAAAGACUGAGAAGCUGAGACCCUACCUGAAGC